GAUGACGACGGCAUUUUAGGAAUAAAAAGAAAAGAUAAUUGUAUUUGUUUUUUUAAUUCCCAGUAAGGGCCUGCUCUGCUUAAGCCUUCAUGAGUAUUGUUCUUUGUUUUAUAUUUUCUUCCCAUUCUGCCCCUCUGUUCUCUGAGAUCUCCCAUUUGCUGCCCAAUCAAAGCGAAAGUGAUCUUUAGGCUUUCUCAAUCUUUGGAUGGUGAUUAAGAGAUCUAUUUCGGUUCAAAGGUAAUGUUGGAAGGUCAAUGCUGCUUGCUUUCAAGAGUACCAAGUGCUUGUGAACAAGAAUCGAACUGGGUUUACAUGAAUUUUGAACUUCUUAACAAUAACAAACGGACCCAACCAGAAGAAUUCGGAGGAAUAAACAAUCACAAGAAGCAAAAGAAUGGAACGAAAGAAUGCCCAUCUUCAUCCAAUGAAGGCUCCUCAUCCUAUGACCUCAUCAACCCCAUUGGUCGAGACAUCUCGAUCAACUGCCUUCUCCGAUGCUCUCGCUCCGAUUAUGGAGCUCUCGCCUCCCUCAACCGAAACUUUCGAUCCCUAAUUCGAGAGGGGGAGCUCUACAGGCUCCGCCGUCUGCAGGGAAUCGCUGAACAUUGGGUUUAUUUCUCUUGCAAUGUUCUUGAAUGGGAAGCAUUUGAUCCUUAUCGCAAUCGCUGGAUCACUCUCCCUCGAAUGCCAUCAGACGAUUGCUUUAUGUGCUCUGAUAAAGAAUCACUGGCUGUUGGCUCUGAGAUCCUUGUCUUUGGAAAGGUUGUCCUCUCUCACAUUGUUCUCAAGUACAGCAUGUUAACUAACUCAUGGUCUCCUGGUGUUGGAAUGACCGCACCAAGAUGCCUCUUUGGCUCUGCGAGCUUAGGAGAGAAGGCUAUAAUCGCUGGGGGAACCGAUGCUUUUGGUAACAUAUUGAGUUCUGCAGAGCUUUACAACUCCGAGUCGCAAUCUUGGGUCACUCUCCCUUGCAUGAAAACACCGAGAAAAAUGUGUUCGGGUGUGUUUAUGGAUAAAAAGUUCUAUGUAAUUGGUGGAAUGGUGAGCAACACUGACGUAUUGACUUGCGGAGAAGAGUAUGAUUUAGAGAAAGAAGUUUGGAGAGUGAUCCCUAAUAUGUCGUUGGGGCUUAAGGGAGCGAGCGGAGCUCCUCCACUUGUUGCAGUGGUCAAGAACGAACUUUAUGCUGCAGAUUAUGGAGAGAAAGUUGUAAAGAAGUAUGAUAAGGUGAAUAAGUCUUGGGUCACUCUUGGAGGAUUGCCAGAGAGGUCAGUGUCGGUUAAUGGAUGGGGAUUGGCUUUUAGGGCUUGUGGAGAGAGGCUAAUUGUUAUUGGAGGACCGAGAGGAUUGAGAGGAGGGAUGAUCGAGCUCAACUCAUGGAUUCCAGAUGGAGGGCCGCCUCAAUGGGAGAUGAUAGCGAGCAAACAUUCAGGGAGCUUUGUUUAUAAUUGUGCUGUUAUGGGAUGCUGAAUUCAGGAUGAAUUUUAUGCAUAAUGGGUAUUUUUCUGCCUUUUCUUGUUUACAAAAUUCAGAUUGAAUUAAGAUUCAAUAGAAUGGCUCGUUUAGAUAACACUUCAGGGUAUUCUUUUUUAUUGUUUUUCUUGGUCAUUUUUAUUUAAUUUGCACCUGGAAGGUUUGGUAUCGGUGGAGUUUUCUGGAGAUAUAUGUUUGUGCAAGCACAAUUGGUUAAUAAUCUGACACUUCUUCUGUUUUCUGGUAGGUUUUAGG